CGCAGUGCGGGCGGCGGGCGGCAUGUCGGCGCUAUGCUGGACCCGAGGCGCGGCGGGUUUCGGCCGAGCGCUGAGACUUUCUGGGCACCGUCGCCAGGCUUCGGAGGAAGGGAUCCUCAAAGGCCUCUGCGGCUCUAGGAGAAGCUCUGCUGCCAGUCCCCGUGAGCAAGAUGUGCAGAAAGAGUGCGGCCAUGCCGAACUGCUGGAAGUGCUGGAGGCUCGGGUACGGCAGCUCCAGGCAGAGAGCACCUCCAAGGUGAGGCCCACGGACUGGCCCCCCCAGGACUGCAGCGGCCGCUGGGCGCAGAAGCUGGAGACCGAGAGGCGGGUGACAUGGAAGCGCCGGGAGGAAUUUCUUGACCUGCGGCAGAAGCAAACGGGCACUGGGCAGUCCCUUCCCUUUCACAAGGAGCCCCGACUCUGGAGCAGGAAGCUGUCCUGCUGCCUGCCGCGCGGCAAGAAGGGGGCGCCCGAGAGCUUGGAGGAAGAGCAGCUGGCCCAGGCCCUGCAGGCUACUCUGCCGACCUCGGCCAGGACGAAGGCCCGUGCUGCGGUAGAGCCACAGAACCUGGUCUUCCAGCAGAAACUGCUGACUUUCUUUGAGUGCUGUGUCUGCACCGGCCAUGUGCCCCUCGCCCACCACGUGCUGGUCACUCACCACAGCAGGCGAGAAAAGCAGCGACUGCUCACGCUGGCCAUGUAUAACACAGUGAUGCUGGGCUGGGCCCGCCAGGGCUCCUUACAGGAGCUGGUCUACGUGCUCCUCAUGCUGAAAGAUGCUGGCUUCACCCCAGACCUGUGGUCCUAUGCGGCUGUACUCCAGUGCAUGGGACGCCGGGACCAGGACGUCCACACCACCCAGAGGUGUCUGACACAGAUGAAGGAAGAAGGCCUCCAGCCCCGGCUGCUCUUCACAGAACUCGUCCUGGAAGAGGAGGACCGAGCCACGCUCCUGAGAGCCGUGGUCAAGGCUGAGCCUGCCUUCAGCCCGCUGUCACAGGCCCCAAACCCGGUCAACAGGUCCACGCUGCUCAGGGAGGUGUACGCCAAGGAGGGCCCCGCGUCCUACCCGAAGCUGCACCUUCCCCUGGAGACCCUGGAGGACCUCUUCUGCCAGCAGCUGCGUGUGGAGCUGAGCUCCAACGUCUGUGUCCAGUCAGUGGAGAAGCCCCCAGUAAUGACCAAGGAGGUCAUUGAGGCGCGGAAGACCCUGAAGAAACUGCGAGCGCUGUGGCAGGCAGAGCUGCUGCGAGUGCUGCAGAGGACCAAGGCCACCAUGGCCUGCCAGGCGCACGAGGGCCAGCCCACCCUCUACCCCUUCCUGUGCCUGCUCAGUGAGGGGGAGCUUGUGAGCAUGCUGAUGCAGGUGAGCCGGGGCUGGCGGCUGCCGGGGGAAGGGGCCGGCAGGUGUGUGCCGUUAGCCGCAGCUAGGGCUGCUCUCGCACACCAGGUUCUGCAGGUCCUGCCGGUGCAAGGCGAGCCCCUCAGUUACCUGGCUUAUAACCUGGGCGUCCGAGUGUUAAAUCGGCAUUUGGUGAAGCGGAAGCAAGUCACCAACCACGUGCAGAAGCUGGGGCAGCAGUACUCACAGUACCUCCGGCUGCUGGCUUCAGACACACAGGUGAUGCCCUGCCUGCCGCGGGAGUACUGGGAAUCCCUGGGCCCACUGGAGGGCCCGCUGCAGAAGCCCUGGUCCCUGGCGGUGUUAAUACAGCUGGGCAAGCAGCUGGCUGAGCUGUUGGUGCAGGCAGUGCAGAUGCCACGCAGCCUGGUGGCUCCGCAGAGUACCUCCCGCCUUAUCCCGGUGCUCUACCACGUUUAUUCCUUCCGAAGCUACCGCCAGGUAGGCAUCCUCAAGCCUCACCCUGCCUUCAUGCAGCUGGUAGAGACGGCAGCGGAGCCCACACUGACUUUUGAGACCACGGAAGUGCCUAUGCUGUGCCCACCACUGCCUUGGACAUCGCCGCAUGCUGGAGCCUACCUGCUGAGCUCUACCAAACUAAUGCGGGCCGUGGAGGGUACCACACAGCACCAGCGUCUGCUGGACAGCUGCGCUCCUGCCCAACUGCACGGUGCCCUGGAUGCGCUCACGCAGCUGGGUAACUGUGCCUGGCGUGUCAAUGGGCGCCUGCUGGACCUAGUGCUGCAGAUCUUCCGGGACAAGGGCUGUGCCCGCCUGGGCGUGCCUCCCCCGCCCUCAGAGGCACCACAGCCGGCCCAGCGCCACCCGUCACCGGGCUCCACGCCUAUGCACAAGGCUGAGCUGCGGAAGGAGCUAGCGCGCUGCCUCAAGGCGGCUCGCGAGAUGCACAGCCUGCGCAGCGAGGCCCUGUACCGCCUGUCACUGGCGCAACACCUGCGCCAUCGUGUCUUCUGGCUGCCUCACAACAUGGACUUCCGUGGCCGAACCUACCCCUGCCCUCCGCACUUCAACCACCUGGGCAGUGAUCUGGCGCGUGCGCUGUUGGAGUUCGCGGAAGGUCGACCGCUGGGACCACAUGGCCUGGACUGGCUCAAGAUCCAUCUGGUCAACCUGACGGGUCUCAAGAAGCGUGACUCGCUGCGCAUGCGCCUGGCCUUCGCAGACGAGGUCAUGGAGGAGAUCUUGGACUCCGCGGACAACCCCCUGACGGGCCGGAAGUGGUGGAUGGAAGCUGAUGAGCCCUGGCAGACCCUGGCCUGCUGCAUGGAGGUGGCGCAAGCAGUCCGCUCUCCAGACCCCGCCGCCUACGUCUCUCACCUGCCAGUUCACCAGGAUGGCUCCUGCAAUGGCCUGCAGCAUUACGCCGCACUAGGUCGGGACAGCGCAGGUGCCGCCUCAGUCAACCUAAAGCCCUCGGACCUGCCCCAAGACGUGUACAGGGAGGUGGCAGCACAGGUGGAGGAGUUCCGCCUGCAGGACGCCAAGGAGGGCCUGAAGGUGGCGCAGGUGCUGGAGGGCUUCAUCAGCCGCAAGGUGGUGAAGCAGACGGUGAUGACCGUGGUGUAUGGGGUCACGCGCUAUGGCGGGCGCCUGCAGAUAGAGAAGCGCCUGCGCGAACUCAGCGACUUCCCCCAGGAGUAUGUCUGGGAAGCCUCACACUACCUCGUGCGCCAGGUCUUCAAAAGUCUACAGGAGAUGUUCUCCAGCACCCGGGCCAUUCAGCACUGGCUGACGGAAAGUGCCAACCUCAUCUCUCACGCGGGCUGGCCUGUGGAGUGGGUCACGCCCCUGGGCGUCCCCGUCAUACAGCCCUAUCACCGGGAGACCAAGGUCCAGGUCAAAGGCGGCAUCCAGAGCAUCACCUUUACCAGCUCGGUAGAUGUCAGCCAGAAGCCCAACACUCUGAAGCAGAAGAAUGGCUUCCCGCCCAACUUCAUCCAUUCCCUGGACUCCUCCCACAUGAUGCUGACUGCCCUGCACUGCUACAGGAGGGGCCUGACCUUCGUCUCCGUGCACGACUGCUUCUGGACGCAUGCUGCUGACAUCCCGGUGAUGAACGAGGUAUGCCGCGAACAGUUCGUGCGCCUGCACAGCCAGCCCAUCCUGGAAGACCUGGCUAAGUUCCUGGAGAAGCGCUUCUGCUCCGCCUCCAGCACCAGGUCCCUGAAGUCCUCGGAGCUCGCUCUGGUCACCAAGCUGCAGGAGACGUUACAGUCCUUGCCAGAAACAGGCACCUUCGAUCUGGGGCAAGUGAUGAGAUCCACCUACUUCUUCAGCUGACACGCCCCGCGUUGUCCCUACACCUGUGCAUAGUGUAAAUAAAGUCUGCGUCCGCCUGUGCCGGCCGUCAGGUUCUGGCUCGCGCAAACCCACCAAGCAAUCAGACGCUGCGCUGGGCG